AUGCGUGGCGCGCUGUUUGAAAAUCAGAUUGAGGAAUAUGAAUCUGUCUUUAAGAGCAACCACGAGUAUGAGAUUGCAAAUGCACCUUUAAAAUCAGUGUUGGGCCGCUAUGCCACUCGAGAAGAUGACUGCCAAAUGAGUUUUGGCGGACAGGCCAUGAUUCAAGACUUAGACCCUGAGGCAGAGCCUGUGGAGCCUGAAUAUCAGCCGAUAGCUACUAUCCCUCGCACAGCCGAUGCUAAUGAUCGAUAUGAUGUGCUGGGCAUUGUCUUAUUCGUUGAAGAUACUCGAUCAAUAACAACUUCAUCUGGUGUUACACAUGAAGUGCGCGAGGUCGUCAUUACUGACCACAGCGCUGAACAACCGUUAACCAUUUCUGUGUGGGACGAUCUUACAGGGACAGAAGCCAACCUCUUGAAAUCAUGGGUUGGGCCAGCCCUUGUCGUUGGCUUCACAUCUCUCAAACCAUCUAGCCACAAAGGUUUUUCUCUUUCAACUACUAUGUCAACUUCAUUUCACCGCAAUCCAGUUGGAGAUCGAGCAGAUGCACUACGCCAAUGGUCCAGGGAAAAGCGUGCACUGGUGCUUUCAAGGAUGGAACGCAUCCAGGAGGUUCGGAAUCCAACCGAACAAAAUGAAGUCCUCUCGAUUGAGUCGAUCAAGUUAAAAGAGGUAAUCUAUAUAGCUGUUAGUGCCGCAAUGUUCUCCAUAUUUACAAAACGCCUGCAAAAUACAUAA